AUGGAUUUGGAAGCUGCAGGCAAGAGGAGCUUCUUGCAGUUGAAUGAGUUAGAUGAGUUCAGGCUGCACGCUUAUGAAAAUUCCAAGCUUUACAAGGAGAAAAUAAAGAGAUGGUAUGACAAGCGUAUCCAAUCCCGUCACUUCGAACCAGGACAAAAAGUAUUAUUAUUCAAUUUCAAGAUCAAGUGGUUUUCUGAGAAGUUAAAAUCAAGGUGGCCAGGUCUAUUUAAGGUGGUGAAGGUCACCCCAUAUAGUGCAAUCGAGUUGCGCACUUUAAAUGGAGAAAGAACCUUUAUGGUGAAUGGGCAAAGAGUCAAGUAUUAUUGGGGAGAUGUUAUUCAUCAUCAAUCUAAAGUGCUACUCUCCGAUGAUCAGGCGAGGCCCUGCAUAGUGCUACGACGUUAA